UGAACCCUGAGGAAAUGCCCGUGGUUGACCUAUCUUAGCAAUUCAUGCAUAGUAAACUGAACCAGCCUUGACCUCCUGACCUGUGUCUCCCUCACCCGGAGACAUGUGAGGCACAACAUGGCCACACAACCCAUCACCUGGCUAUGAGGGCCAGGCUGCAGUGAUUUGGGGGGCAGAAUUUUACAAGCCGCCUUUGGUUUCCCCAACCAACUCCGGCCCGGGCCUCAGUCCGCGGUCUCGAGUUUGAUAGCGGGCCGGAAAGGAAGAAAGAACGUCAGCUCAACGCUUUCAGACAACCCCUGUGUCCCAACCACCAUCAUGGGAGACAGUAGAGAUUCUCGCAGCCCAGACAGUUCGUCUGUGUCUUCCCCUCCCUCUGGACAGCGAUCACCUCCACUUGGUUCAUCAGCAGCAGCUUCCAUGACCUCCCUUCCACCCAUCACCAGCAGUGGUGUCAACAGCCCCGUCAGCAGCAUCGGCUCCCCCUUUUCAGUUAUUAGCUCAUCACUGGGCUCGCCCUGCCUUCCUGGCACCCCUUCAGUUGGUUAUGGCCCAAUUAGCAGUCCCCAGAUCAACUCCACUGUGUCCAUGUCAGGACUUCAUGCAGUAAGCAGCUCAGAUGAUGUGAAACCUCCACUGGGCCUAAAGCAGCUGUCAUCUCACAGCCCAGGGCCAAUGCUCUCCCAGAAACGGCUUUGUUCCAUCUGUGGAGAUAGAUCCUCUGGUAAACACUAUGGUGUUUACAGUUGUGAGGGAUGCAAAGGCUUCUUCAAACGAACAGUACGAAAAGAUCUGACCUACACAUGCCGGGACAACAAAGACUGCAUUGUGGAUAAGAGACAGAGGAACCGCUGCCAAUACUGCCGCUAUCAGAAGUGCUUAGCCAUGGGCAUGAAGAGAGAAGUGGCCAAGAUGAACGACAGAUCUGUCCAAGAAGAAAGGCAAAGAAAUAAGGAGCGUGAGGGCGAGGUCGAGUCCACCAGUGCAGUGAACGAGGAAAUGCCAGUAGAGAAGAUUUUGGAAGCGGAAAUGGCUGUAGAGCAAAAGACAGAGCUCCAUUCAGAUGGAAGUUCAGGCGGCAGCUCUCCCAACGAUCCUGUCACCAACAUUUGCCAAGCUGCAGACAAGCAGCUCUUCACCCUGGUGGAGUGGGCCAAGAGAAUUCCCCACUUCUCUGAGCUGCCUCUGGAUGAUCAAGUGAUCUUACUGCGUGCAGGGUGGAAUGAACUCCUGAUUGCAUCCUUCUCCCAUCGCUCCAUCUCUGUAAAGGACGGGAUUCUGUUGGCCACUGGCUUGCAUGUCCAUAGGAACAGUGCCCAUAGUGCUGGUGUUGGAGCCAUUUUUGACAGGGCGCACAAUGCUGAGGUUGGGGCCAUAUUUGAAAGGGUUUUGACAGAGCUCGUAAGCAAAAUGAGAGACAUGCAAAUGGACAAGACAGAGCUGGGCUGCCUUCGUGCAAUCAUCCUCUUCAAUCCAGAUGCCAAGGGUUUGUCCAACUCGAGUGAAGUGGAGCUUCUGAGAGAAAGGGUGUACGCGUCUCUUGAGGCUUACUGCAAACACAAAUACCCGGAUCAGCAGGGCAGGUUUGCAAAGCUCCUGCUGCGUCUCCCAGCCCUGCGCUCCAUUGGGCUCAAGUGUCUGGAGCAUUUGUUCUUUUUUAAACUGAUUGGUGACACGCCCAUUGACACCUUCCUGAUGGAGAUGCUCGAAGCCCCUCACCAGCUAACUUAAGAGGAGCCCCGAUCUGUCCGGUCAGGAUGCGAUGCACAGCAAGAUUUUCACCAUGGCUUCCUGUGUUUGGUCUUUGGCUCGUUUUGUUGGGCCUUGCUUAACUGCAGCACCUGCUGGGUUAAUCCACCAGCACACACACAUGAAGACGCACACUAUUUUUAUCGACUUUGUGUUUUGUCUUCUCAUACAUACACAUUAUUCACACAAGGAUCCUUGAAAUUCCAUACAUAUUGUGACGUACAAUGUAAUAUCCAGAUAAAAUGGCUUGGAAUUAAUAUAUUAUUACGAACAUACACGCAUGCAUCUUCACCGUCUUUUCCCUUUCUCACACCCACCACAGUGACUAUGAUUCAAGGAAUAUGGUUGCUUUUUUAUCUCAGAUUGGACAGUAAAUGUCUUAAUUUUUGGUUAGGUUUCAUUUAUCCCAUCUUCAGCUCACAGUGGAUUUAUGCAUCUGCAUAACUGGGAUUUUAUUUUAUUUUUACUUGAGUUUCUUUCAGUAACAGCUACCUGCAGAUCUAUAUUAUAUUCAUCACUAGCUAGUUAGGUUUCUGUGUAUGGGUUUAGCUUAAAACCAGGUACAGCACAUAUAAAUCAGCUGACCACCAUCAAAGAAAUUCACUUCAAGAAUUGUUGUGCAAAAGGACAUGCAAACACCCAGUGAACUAAUCAAAUCUGGAAAUUUAGAUUUUUUUUUUCUUUUUUUUAUGCCGAAACUUCUUUAAGUUUCUAUUUUUAAAGUACUGUACUCAUGAAAUGAGAGCUUUUUCUAAGGCAUUGAAAUCCAGGAAAGGGCCUGGGAGCACUUUGUUAGCCAGAAAAACUUAGUCCCUCCCACCCUGAUGCGCACAGUGGGCUUUGUAAGAUAAGAAGAUUGACUUGAAUUUUUUUUCCUUAAGUUUAGAUUUGACCCUUUUUCUUUACUUUGGCAGGUGUUUGGUAUUUUUUUUCCAGCUUGAGGCUCUCAAGACAUGGAGCUAAAUUAAAGAAAAGUUUAUUUUUUUCUGAUUUUAUUUUAUUUUUUUCCUAAAAUAUUUCCUUUCCUUUGGUCAUAAAUGCACUUUUGUGAGUUGUAACUGUGUAAACGCCCUCCUCCUUUUUUUUUAUUUUUUAUUGACCAUCUUUAUUUAGUCUUCUAAAAUCAUUUGAAAGGUACUAAGUGUAGGUUUUCCUAUUUCAUUGUAGGUGUAUGUUUUAUUUUGACUGUUCAAAUGAAUACUAACCACCAGGUUGAAUGUUGAGGUUUCCAACACUUCAGGUGCCUUGUUUUAGCAUCAACCCCAGCUUUUGCAUCUGUUGUGAUGGCAUGAUUUUUUUGCAACACAUAACCAGACAGCUUUUAUUUGGAUUAUGUGGCCAUAAGUCUGUUGACUUUCCUAACAAGCAAUCAUUGAAAAUGUAUUUAAUUUUAAGGUAAAAUAAAUCAAAUAUAUUUUAUUAGCUGAAGAGAAUUUAAAGAAGCGCACUGUAAAAUAAGAAAUUAUAUAUCUUAAAAAAAUGUCUUUUAACUUAUAGUCCAUUUCUUAUAGUAUGCAGGACAUGCUGUGUUUUUAACUUUUUUUGAGCUUAAGCAACAUUUUAAAUGUUCAUCAAAGUGAUUUGUUUGAGGAAUUUGAUAUGUCCUAUCAAUAAUUAUUUGGAACUGACAAAAAACUAGAUUGUGAAAUUAGACUCAUGUAUUUUGGGAAAACUGAGGCAUUAAGUUCACCUGGUGGUGAGUAUUUGUUCGUGCAGUCAUCUGUGUGGUUUUGGGUAUUGAGUGGUAAACCAAUGUUGCAUCUGCUUUUGUCCUCUGUUGCGUCUUGUUGUAAUGCAAUAACGAAAUCAAUUAAUGUUUUACAGUAUUUUGGAAAUCCUACACAUACUACCUGUCACUAUUUAUAGUUCAGUGAUUGUGUGUCAGGUCAGUGCUUGACAUCAUUGUAGGAGAUUUAAAUAAUACCAAAAACCCACAAGGGAGAGUCAUGCCAGCAAGGGCCUGCCAAACUAAAGAAAGUGAUCAUGUGGCAUAAAGUAACACUUUUUUGCUCAGCAUUGAACUUGUUUUCCAUGCAGUAAAAUCACCAUGAAACUGUUGUUGAGCCCAGGGCAAAACCACACCUCAUUGCUGUUUUUGCACCAAUUUCUGCCAUCGUUUCCUCUCGUCUUGAUUGGCUUGACUUUGCCGAAAGUGGCACUUGACAUUUACUGUGACCGAAGUUUACUGAGAAAAAUAAACCCGAGUAUUGCAGUGAAAAGUCAAAUGCAACUACCAAAUCAUUAAAAUCGAAAACUAUGAAUAAAAUAUGUGGUCAAAGUUGAGCAAUACUGGAGUACAGACCGAACUGUUGUAGUAAAUAUUAAAAAGAAAAAAAGUAGUUUAUUAGCAACCCCAUUUAUUAGUGAUGAGAAUGAUCUCCCACUUUGCAGUAUCGUGUUCUGGGGCAGUCCUCUACCAGGUGCUACGUCAUUGAUGUCUUUUAGUUUAAGACUUGCACAUUUACAUCAAUGCACAUUAUAUGCAAGUUUGUAGUCAGAUUAGACAUUAAUUCUAUAUUUUAAAAGUGUCUAUCUUUAUGAUGACCCCAAAUCCCUUUGUCGUGGACUCCCAACCACAGAAAAUGACUGUAAAGUUGUGUUUUGACUGUGGCUGAUUAGACUUUGUACUUCCAGAAACAGCGAUGUUUUCUAUUUUAGUAUGAUUCAUGAAAGAAAUCAAAGGAUUUUUGAGUCAGGCGUGUUGAGAAUGAGCGGUAAGAAACCUGCCAAGCUUAUAGUUCAAAUUCUUCUCAGUGAGAACCUUUUGGCCUCUCUCAUGUGACGUGGAUGCAGAGGCUGACAACUGACCUGUAAAACAGGCGUUCAUCUUUUUUAUUAUGAGAGAAAGUUGAUGUAAAAGUUUAUUCUUAUUUUGCUUAUCGAUUGUCAACUUGUGAUCCCAUGAUACUUAGACAGAAAAGUCAGCCCCUUAUGCAACAUAACUGACUAUUUUUGUUUUGUUAAAAAAAAAAAAAAAAACAGCACCAGUGAACUUUUAUUGGCUGAAAUUGAGUCUGUGUUCUAAUGAGUGGAUUAGAUGAGCAACAUGAGUUUAAGACUUGAAUGAGAACAAUUUUAUGGCCUAUAAGCUUUUUACUUCUAUGAUCUACAUUAUUGUUUAGCUGUCCUGAAACAGUUAAACUGAUGAAAAAAAGUAUGUGACUGCUGCCCAAAAUGAGCUUUAUCCUCUGUUGUAUCUCAGAGGUGACUUUAGGAUGUGCUUGAUUGGUAUCUCAGAAGCUUUCUUUGUAGGUUUUUUCCAGUUUUCUUUGUUAAAUCUUUGGGCCUGCUUGUUUCCUUCUUAUACAUGGCGAUGGGAGUUACUGGAGUCGCUAAGAGCUUAGUGACUACUACAUCUAAAGACUGCUCACACAAAGCUGACUGAUGAGAUGCUCAUCUGUUUAUCACUUACAGUUUUAAAUAUGCAUCUUUUAAAUCAUAUUAGUUUUUUUCUGGAAUAUGUGCAUUCUGCCAUUUCUAGAUUGCGUGUUGUCUGUUAUGUGAUUUUAAUUGGCAGUGAAGUCGAUUAACGUUCCCAUCCACUAUUACCGUGAUGGUCGUAAGUUCUCUUAGUUCUUUACGUUUUACUUUUUGAGCUUAGAAAUACACAAUUACGUUUCAGUGGAAAAAGCUAUUUAGUUACUGCAGGUUUUGUAGUUGAGCCUCUUGUAGCUUUGCUGAGCAGGCAUACUCAUUUAACAUAAGCUGGUGGCUGGGGUUUUCAUUGUUUAAGCAGUUGUUAAGCGUGGUAAGUUUAUGGAAUCUGUCAGCAGCCAUGCCUUUAUAAGUGGCAGAAACUGUAACUUUGGCUGUGACUUGCCAGGCGUUAAUGGUUAAAUUGGCUGUGUAAAAUAACUGGAGGGUAUUAGGAAGGAGAGGGCAGUGAAGAGGUUGACUUGAUGCUCUAUCAGCACAACCUGGCCUCCUUCAUUCUUUCGGCUCUCUCUUGACUGCUUGACUUAUUCAGUGACUCGUGUGGGCUCAAAAUGAUUGGGCUUUAUUUUGGAAUUGGAAAAUUAAAGCAAACCUUUUGAAUCUUGGAUUGUUUGAGGAUGUGAAACUUUUACUUCGAGUGAGUGUUGGCAAGAUGCAGAGAGGGGAUUCAGUGCCGCAUGUCCCUUCUUUGCUAACUUUACUUGACGGGAGAGCUGCAGCGAUCAGCGGUUGCUAAGGAAAACCGUUGGAUCCAACUGCACUGCCCAGAUUUGUUAAUGCAGCGGUGUGCACUCAAGGCAGACACAUGCUGUGACCUUCUGACUGUGUAACAGUAUUGUUGUCAGCUUCUUUGUUACAUUUUGGAAUUUCUUGCAUUUUGAAGAUACAGACAAUUGAUUAUGCUCUUUUUUUAAUGAAUCACAAUUUAUGACUGAAGACUUGAUCAUGGUGUGUAGAUUAGACAAGAGGGCGUUCUUCCACGUCCCCUGGAGCCAAGGCCCAGCCUGAUGUAAUCGGUGAGGAUUAUUGUGUGCUAUGCAGUCCGAAACCACCUCCCUCACUGUUUUUGUUUAGAAAUCACUGCCAAGCUGUAUGCAGCCAUCUUAAAGGCAGGCCCACUCGGUUGUGGUUGCCUCUGAUGUAUGUUGUGACAAUUGUGUGGCACUCUGAUGUGCUUAGCCUCAGCCUGUGCCAUUCUGAACAGGAUCCCCAACCAGAGUGGAAUGGUAUCUUGCAUGGCGAGGGGUGGUCUGGUCACUGGGCGCAGUAGUCCAGAGUGUGGAUCCUCCUCCCCAGGUGCUAGAGCUGUGUUUUGGUGCUUUUUACAGGGUUUCAUAACCCUGAGAACAUACAUAUGAUUUAAAAUAAGAAUAGAUUGACUGGGCUCUUCUAGUUCUGGACCUGCUCUUCAGCUGGUUUUGGUUGGAAUUUUUCUGAGCCUGGAUGUUGACCUUUUUUUUUUUUUUUUUUUUUGCUGUGACAUAAGAUAAAAAUAGUCUUGGCUAUUUUUGACAAAAAGGGGGCACACCUUGGUAUUAUCCAGUUACGCUUGGAGAACUUGUGAGCGGUUGACUUAACUUCUGCUCUCCUGAAGUAGUUGGGGAGUGAUGGCUUUAAAGUCAGGACUGGAAACAAAGAAGUGCAGAGGCUUAGAGAACAUGGAGCAGGUGUUAGUGGUUGACCGAAAGGAGACACAGAAACAUUUAUUUUCCAGUAGAUCUAGGAUCUUCCUAAUUGUUUACUCUCUACCUUAAAAUCCUCCACCCUCCGUUUCUUUCUGAUGUUUCCUGUCUCCUGCUUUUCCAACUUGCUGUUCACUUCUUUAUAAUAAAGUAUUAAAUGCAAGAACUGUAAAAUCAGAAUGAAAUCUGUCACUCUUUUGUUUAAUAUGUCUCUUUUCUCUUGUGUCUGUCCUUUGUCCUGUUUGUAUCUACUCCAUUGUAUAUGUGGAGUUGAUUGACUAUUGUGUGCUUUGGGGAUUGAAAGAAGAAAAAAUAUGAAUAAUUAUUUUCAGUCAUUAAUUCUGAAUCUUGUUUCUGUUUGUUGUAUCAUGUCUGAGUAAAAGUUUUAAUACUGUA